UGUAGCAGGCAGCGAGUAUUCCACGAAGCGUACAGCGUCUCAAUCAGCACCGUUGUAUUCACCGUUAUACCAGCUGGACACGGGACUUCAUAACCGACUGGUUCUCCUCAGUCGAGCCGUUUUACAACCGAAGACUUGAAAUAUGUUUUUCAGUUAUCUGCCUGUCGUGUGUCUCCUGAGCGCUGUCGUUACAGCUACUACAACCACCACCAAUGCAGAGACAACCUCCCAGAUCGGCACAGAGUCCAGGACCACCACAGCAGCAGUCAGCAGCAACGUUACUGAUAACAGUAACAUUCCCAACAGCAACUUAACUGACUCUCCAUCAGGUCCAACCAGCAGUACAAAACUGUCCACCGCAAGCCCAGAGACAAGUCAUCCCACCAACACCAGUGAGACUACAAAUACAACCACCACACCUGCUCCAGAUCUCACACAGACUACAAGUACACCCACACCACACACCAGCAAUGACACAACUGCUACUACAACGACCCCACACACAAGCAACGACACAACUACUAUUACACCGACCCCACACGCCAGCAACAACACAACCUCCAUUACAGCCAUGACACAAUCGAGCAACAUCACAACAACUGCAGCGACCACACAAACCAGCAACAGCACAGCAAGUACAAGUACAGUAACUCCAGGAAUCUCUACAGCUGUACUAACUUCAACUACACUAACAAACUCUACUCACAACUCUACUGAGAAUGCCACAUACACCACCACAUCCUCAUCCUCAACUAUCUCCACAAAUGCAACACUCAACCCCUCUGGACCCCCACCCUCUUCACCCACCUCCAUCUCUACCUCCAGCACUCUCCCUGCAAACACCUCCCCAGGAAGUAGCACCACACCCCCCAGUGGAAAUAACACCACCCUUAGUCCCUCAUCAACCUCAGGAGUGACCGACCACACCAAUUCAACUCAUUCAACUGAACCAACUAGUGGCAAUACAACAGCCUCAUCCACCACUACUCCAACCUCCACCACCCCCACUCCCACCAUAAGUACUGGUACCACCUUCACUGGCACCACCCUGCGACCAACAGACAUCACCACCAAAAACUCCACCACCACUCCAAACUCCACCACCACCACCAUCAGUACUGGUACCACCUUCACUGGCACCACCCUGCGACCAACAGACAUCACCACCAAAACUCCACCACCACUCCAAACUCCACCACCACCACCAUCAGUACUGGUACCACCAUCACUGGCACCACCCUGCGACCAACAGACAUCACUACCAAAAACUCCACCACCACUCCAAACUCCACCACCACCACCAUCAGUACUGGUACCACCAUCACUGGCACCACCCUGCAACCAACAGACAUCACCACCAAAAACUCCACCAACACUCCAAACUCCACCACCACCACCAUCAGUACUGGUACCACCAUCACUGGCACCACCCUGCGACCAACAGACAUCACCACCAAAAACUCCACCACCACUCCAAACUCCACCACCACCACCAUCAGUACUGGUACCACAAUCACUGGCACCACCCUCAUGACCAACAGACAUCACCACCAAAAACUCCACCACCACUCCAAACUCCACCACCACCACCAUCAGUACUGGUACCACCAUCACUGGCACCACCCUGCGACCAACAGACAUCACCACCAAAAACUCCACCACCACUCCAAACUCCACCACCACCAUCAGUACUGGUACCACCAUCACUGGCACCACCCUGCGACCAGCAGACAUCACCACCAACAACUCCACCACCACUCUAAUCUCCACCACCACCACCAUCAGUACUGGUACCACCAUCACUGGCACCACCCUGCGACCAACAGACAUCACCACCAAAAACUCCACCACCACUCCAAUCUCAGACACCACCACCAUCAGUACUGGUACCACCAUCACUGGCACCACCCUGCGACCAACAGACAUCACCACCAAAAACUCCACCACCACUCCAAUCUCCACCACCACCACCAUCAGUACUGGUACCACCAUCACUGGCACCACCCUGCGACCAACAGACAUCACCACCAACAACUCCACCACAGCUGCCCCAUCCCUCCCUCCAGUCAUAGUGUGCCCUGCCGUUUCAUGCCCACCUGAAAGCAUAUGUCUUCAUGGUACUUGCCAGUGUCUGUCUGGUAGCUUCCUGGUGAAUGACCUCUGUGCACCCGCUCAAGUGUUCCCAGGCCAGCUUCAUAUCACCUCCUUGACAUUUAAUAAUGAAAUGAGAAACAGGUCCUCAGCAAUAUUCCAACAGACGGCGGCUAACAUCUCAGCAGCGCUCAGAGACGCCCUCAAAGAUCUGCAGGGGUAUAAACAGUCUGAUGUUGUGCAGCUUGAACCAGGAAGUGUGCAAGCAACUGUAAAUAACAUAUUUGAAAACACCAUCGAAACUCAAGAGUCUGUUGAUCAGGCUAUUAAGAACGCUACAGCAGCAAAUGGAUUGUUGGCUAAAGCUACAUUUACAGCUACAAGCCUAUGUGAGCAGCCCCCUUUACCCUGUGAUAUCUCCACUACAAUAUGCAGAAAUACAAGUGGACGGGCUGUUUGUUCCUGUAAAGAAGGCUACAUCUCUCUACAUCCGUUCUCCAUCAACAGCUGCAGAGCGUGUCCAAGUGGGUGGAGGGCAGUGGGAGACACGUGUCAACCAUGUGCGUUUGGAUACGCUGGCUUCAACUGCAAUGAUUCCUCUCUGCUGGCAGUGGUGGUCAUCUCCUGUGUACUGGGAGGAGUUCUUCUCAUCAUUGUCCUGGCUUUGCUCAUAUACUUUUGCUGGAGGAGAUGUUCAAAGAGCAAGCCGGACUACAGCAGCAGUCCAUACUCAUCAGGUGACAUAAACCAGCCCUGGCCCACUGGCAUCACCCCUAUCCCCCGUGCCUCCUCUAACUGUUAUGAAGCUCCUCCCAUAGAGAUGGCAGAAGGGGUGGACAAAAAUCAUCAAACCAACGGAUUGGGGUUUCAGCCGAAGCUCAAAGGAUGGAAAAAGUCGGGAUCAUACAAUCUCAACCCAGAUGCAAUGCACACCUUCAAAGGUAAAAAUCCAUCCCGUUACUCCUAUCUGGUUCAAGGCCAUGAGAACCCCUACUUCUUACCAGGAGAGGACAAGAGGAACUGAUGAAGUCCAUGCAGAAAUGAGGAGCAUGGGAUCAAAAAAGAAACCACUGAUUUAAAACUCUGUCUACAGGUUUCCUGAGCAGGAUCAGGUUAUUUAUUCAUUCUUGAAUUUGCUUUUAUUAAUGAUAAAUCAUAAAAGACAUUUCUUAACUGGGAAACAGCCACAAAAGAGAUUUAUUCAAACCAGCAGCAAGAAAUUUUUUUUUUUUUAAGUGAGGUUGUAUGCAUUAUGUCUGUUCUUUGAAAAGAGCUAAAUGCUGCAGAUCAUAACCAGUAGAUGUUGCUGUUGCUCACUGUAAUUUGACUUUUUUAUGCUUUUAAGAAAUCAUCCUUUAGUAUUUUUAAAUGAAGCUUCUUAUAUUGAUAAUUGCACUGAAGUGUUUGUUAAGUUUACCACCAGUUUUCCUCUGAAAUCAAAGGUAAAUUGAAUGUGGGCUUUCAGGGGCUACUGAAUAUUUUUCUUAUGGUUAUUUUUUAGAAAAACUAAUCUUGUACAACUCAAAAGGGGCUGGAUCCCCGGUUGGGGGUACUUUUUAAAGGGAUUCAUAUUGUAGCUUUCUAAAUGUGAGUACUCUUUGAAGCUGCACUUGCAAAAUGUGCCUGUUUUUAAUCGUCUGUUUGACAAACAGGAAACACACAAAGCUGAUGAUAAUACCUAUUUCCUGGAUGUGCCAAUUAUCACGUGAAUACAUUUCUUUUGAA